AUGAAGACCGCCAAACUUCCUGACGGCCACGGAAGCCUCUACAAAGAAGUGCGCUUCUCGCCCACUCAAUCCCCAUCCCGUCGCACAAAAUCCGUAUCGGCUACUUUCCCUCCUACGAUCUCGGGCUACGGCCGAACCGCCUUUCACGACUCCGCACUCCUGAACUCCUUCGCCAUGGACACCUCCUACAUUGACCAAUCGCGCGCCUUACUCCAGAACCAACGGGUGAACUUCGAGACGGAACGAAAAUUGUUCGCGCAGGAGAGGAGGUUAUGGGAGAAAGAGCGGGCGCUGCUCCGAUCGAAAAUUACCGAGCUGGAGGCGGUGGUGAAGGAUCAAGGGAAGAGGAGCAACAAGCUGGGGCCGGACGCCGCCAAACUCGUGCUCGGCGCAUCACAAAUGAGCCAUGCGAAUGGCAAUGGCUUCACAGCGCAGGUGUGGGAGGGAUCAAGUCCAAACAGUCAGCCUACAAGGGUGUUUUUCGACUACGAUUCUCCAAAUCAAGCCUACCUGUCGCCGAUCUCCGAGAGCGGGAUGAACCCACCGUCCCUUGAUCAGGCCCUUUCACCUCAAGGGCAACUGGCGGACCCAUCUGGGGCACCCGUGAGCUUGCCCGUGCCAAUCGAGAAAUUGGACAGCACACUUGAUGGCAUCACACUCAAAUCAACCGCUUUGCCACCCGGGGUCGUCGCACGAGUGAUCACCCCGCCCUCGCCGUCGCCCCUGGAAACCCAGAUCUCCCCUGCAACCCCUGGGACAACUGCAAGGCCUGGCCUUGAGCAUCGAAACAGUCUCAAGCUCAAGCUGUCAGAGCUCGGCCCGCCCAAUGAAAGAUUGCUCCGCGAUGCGGGCCACACCCCGAUGGCGAUCAUCGAUGCAGAUGAGAGCCAACGGUCCACGAAGGAGGGGUCUCCCCUCGAGGUGCCCUCGCAGUCUGAGGAGGCCCCUCUUGCGCCCGUGGCAACCAACGUCCAACCCUCGGAGAAUAGGGAGUCCUACUUCCCGGAGCUGCCUGAUCUACCAGACGAUCCCGCUCUCAAGGGGCCCCUUGGUCUGAUCAAUGAUGAAGAGCACGAUAAUGAUUUUCUGAGCGCGUUGGAUCAAAAACUCCUUGAUCAGGCUAAAAAUAUACUUGGCUCCUCGGUCGAAUCGGCAGAUCCCAACGAGACGGAUCCCGAAACUGAGCUCCCCAACUCAGGUCACAAUGAACCUGAACUCAAGUUCAAAAAAUCAACUAACUUCGGCACAGCAUUUGGAAUUUCGAAUUUGGGUUAA